GUCACUCAGUCUCGAUAGGAUCGCCUGUUGGGUGAUACGCGCCGGCGACACGCUCCUGGCGCACGGCGCAGUAACACGCGCGGGCAUAGCGACGGGAGCGCUCGCGCGCGCGCGCGACCUCGAUCGCGUGUAAUUCCGCGUAGUGGUGUGCCUCCGGCUAUUUUUUCCUACUUGCCUGGCUGUCCCGCGAGGGAAAACGCGCCUUUUUCCCCGUCCGGAGAAAAGGAUCUCGCAGGAGGAGAGAAACCGCUCGCUGUGCGCAUCCAGUUUGUUCCGCGAUUCGCCUAUUAUGAACGCAGCGCGCACCGCGUGAGAGCGCGCAGUGCUGAAUCCGAGAGCGAGAGAGAGAGCACCUUACCAUGUUGAUCCGUGCAGCAGAUGGCUGAAAGUCGUUAUACCGAACAUUGAUAGUCAUGGAACAGUAUAAUAACAUGACCAGUGAAAAUAUCAACAUAAGUGAUAUCCUCGAGGUCAUCCAAACUACUGAUCCUGGUUCCAUGGCGACCAUAACCAUGGAUAAUGAACAGCCGUACGUUAAAAUCAUCGAGCAGCCUGCCAGUAAGGCGCUUCGAUUUCGCUAUGAGUGCGAAGGCAGAUCCGCUGGCAGCAUACCUGGUGCCAACAGUACACCGGAGAACAAAACUUUCCCCAGUAUACGAAUUAUAGGUUACAAAGGUCGCGCUAUGGUGGUUGUAUCUUGCGUGACGAAAGACGCGCCAUACCGACCUCAUCCUCACAAUCUUGUCGGCAAGGAGGUGUGCAAGCAGGGCGUUUGUACAGUGGAAGUUCCAGCGGGCAAUAUGAUCGUGACCUUUUCGAACCUGGGCAUUCAGUGUGUAAAGAAGAAGGACAUCGAAGAAGCGCUGAAAGUGCGCGAGGAGUUGCGCGUGGAUCCAUUUCGAACUGGCUUCGAGCACAAGAAACAGCCGACUAACAUAGAUCUCAACGCGGUGAGGUUGUGCUUCCAAGUCUUCUUGGAAGGCUCGCGGAAAGGGAAAUUCACCAAGCCACUGGCGCCAAUCGUUUCCGACCCAAUUUACGACAAGAAAGCGAUGUCCGAUCUCGUGAUCUGCAAGCUGAGCCACUGUAGCGCGCCGGUGGCCGGCGGUAUGGAGAUGAUAUUACUGUGCGAGAAAGUCGCGAAGGAGGACAUACAAGUGAGAUUCUUCGAGGAGGACGACGGGCAACUACUCUGGGAGGGAUUCGGUGACUUCCAGCCGACGCAUGUACAUAAACAAACGGCGAUCGCGUUCAGGACGCCCACCUACCGCAUGCAGCAAGUGGAGCAGCCGGUGCAGGUGCACAUCCAGCUGAAGAGGCCGUCGGACGGCGCGACGAGCGAACCGCUGCCCUUCCAGAUGCUGCCGCUGGGUACAGGUAGGCCCGCCUUCUGGUCUUUGCGGAAAGCAUUCGCCAGGAAGAAGGCGGAUUACAGCACCUUCAGUAAAAUCCUGGCUACCGAGACCGCCCUGCUUUCCAAUGUUUCCGCGCCGAGAUUCCCGCGUAAUAUCGACGAGUUCAAUAACAACGAUCUCGACGCGAAGAGAUCGCACGGCAAGAUCUCGGCGUUGCGCGCCCUGAACGACCUCUACAACGUGAGGAAUCACACGGACGCGUGUAACGGCGACCUGAAGGCGCUGAUCAGUCCCGCGCAGAGCGUAGACCACCAGACCGCGAAGGGUGGGACCGUGUUAGAUUACGAGAACAACGAAGUGACAGUAAUUCCCGAGAAUUGCCGCGGCGCGGAGAACAACAUCGGCAAACUGUACGCGCCGCUCGCCGACAAUAAUCUGGAGAACGAGACGUUCACAGCCGUUUACAACAAGCCGGGGAUCGAAGUGCCUCCUCACGCGAAGCCCGACGAAGCGUUCGCGUCGAAAGAUCCGGCCAAGAUCGGCGGCAACUCGAGGUCCGACUGGUUCGACUACUCGGAGAUCGGCAAGUGGGUGCAGAAGGGACAGGCGUGCCUGAAGGAGAAGACGAGCAACGAGACGACGGAGCUGAAGGCCGACGAGACGGAGGGCGGCAACCGAUCCUUCAACGAGUUCCUGUCGCAGGUGGCCGAGCUCGACCAGAUCUACGCCGACACGCACACCAAGUUGGUGCAAGCGGCUCUGGUGGAGCCGACCAGCGUUCAUCCGCAAUCGAUGGACGUGGACGUAUGCGACAACCAGACCUACACCAGCCUGCAGAUGGCCAUGAAGAAUCCGAUCGAGCUGUUCGACAUCGUCGACGAUCGGAAGUACGAGGACAUAGCCGUGCCGAAGCAGGACGCCGAGGUACCCGUCUCGCCGCCGCCGCCGCCGCCACCGCCGACGACGACGACGACGACGUUGGCCGCCAAGAGAGACGUGACGCGCGAAGCGGAGGAACGGCUGCCGCCUUUACCUCCGAAGCGAAUACGCAAGAUGCCGUCGAUGCCGCUCCUGCCGCGGCCGAUAUCCGCGCAAACGCUCGACUCCUCCGAGGCGCCGCACAAGAACCUGCCGUCCCUGCCCGACACCCUGGCCAAGCACUCGAAGCAGGGACUCUUCUCCAAGCUGUUCGCGAAGAAGAGCAAGAAGGACAAGUGCUCGACGCCGAAUCUAAGCAUGGACAGCGACUCCUCGCUCAACACCUCGUACUCCUCGCCGAAGAGCUCCUCGCAGCUGCCGCGUCCCAGUAUGACCAGCGUCACGAGCGUCAAGUCCCUGAGACUGGACGACGAGGACGAGGACGGGACGCCGCCGUACGGCGCGGAUCUCACCGAGGCCGAGCAUUACGCUCUGUACACGACGAUGGCGCCGCACGCGACCGCCUCCGAGUUCGACGAGUUGUCCUUCUACUACAGUCUGGUCGAGGGCGGGAAGAUACUGACGGAGGGGAAGGAGACCAGCCCGGCCCAGACCUAGGAGGCCCUCCGUUCUUUCCGU